UUUAUGUUCUCUGGUUUUAAGAGCACACUCAGUCGGAGUGUGUUCUUGGUGGAGUCUAAGGAGGAAAAUGGCUUCACUUUUUCUCAGUUUCUCCCUCCUCUUCAUCAGCCUCUGCACUGCAGAUGGAUCAAUGGUCACAUCUGCAAUGGACUGCAUGUUUAAUUCGUCCAAUGCAAAUGACAUUGAGUACACUUGGUCCACCUACUACAACAGGAUGGAAGUCGUGAGGUUCAGCAGCAGUGUGGGAUGGUUUGUUUCAUUGCAUGAGUAUAUGGAUUCUGUGGCAGAGGGCUUAAACAAUGACACCCAACUGAUACUCAAUCAAAGAUUGAUGAAGUACACAGUCUGCCAACCUAACUCCAUGGUUUGGUACGACACCACUCUCUCUAAAUCAGUGAAGCCGUAUGCCAGUCUGCAAUCUGAGACGCCCCCUGCUGGUAAACACCCGGCCAUGUUGGUGUGCAGUGCCUACAAAUUCUACCCCAAAGAGAUCAAAGUGUCCUGGCUCAUAGAUGGACAAGAAGUCACAUCUGAUGUCUCUAUCACUGAUGCGUGGUCGGACGGUGACUGGUAUUACCAGAUCCACUCGUAUCUGGAGUACACGCCCAAGUCUGCACAGAACAUCACCUGUGUGGUGGAACAUAUCAGCCUUGACAGCCCGCUGUAUACUCACUGGGACCCCUUCUUGUCAAAUUCUGAUAGAAUUAAGACUGCCAUCGGAGCGACUGGACUGGCCCUGGGUCUGUUCGUUUUGCUGGUUGGAUUCAUCUACUACAAGACCAAACCUCAUGGAAGGAUUCGGGUUCCCUGCCGAAUAGCCGAUGCUUGAUCCUGGACUGCUCCAGGAUCAGGUUAAGUCGGCACUCCGCUUGUGGACCGUGUUUCUGUUUAGUAAUGCCUUAUGUCAUGAAUCAAAAUUUUCCAGGAUCAGUAACUGAUGUUUAAUUAGAUACAAUCAGAUGGCGGAAGGGGACGAGGUGAUAUGUUAUUGUAUGAUUUUUAAAUGAGGACCACAGUGAAACUUUUCAAACCACAAUAAACCUUUGAACAAUAAUAAAGUUGUGUCUGGUCAA